AUGGGCGAGGCGAGCCGGGUGUGCUCGGGCUACUACAGCCUCAACCACAGCUUCGUGGAGUCCUUCCAGUGUCCCCGGCACGGCGAGGCGGCCACCCUCCUCUACUGCUGCGGCUUCGCAGACCUCAAGUACUGCUGCAGCGAGCCGGGCAGCUACUUUCCCUACAAGCACAGCUACAUGUGGAGCCUCAGCAUUGGUGCCCUGACUGGAUUGGGAAUUGCUGCCCUUGUUUUACUGGCCUUUGUCAUCAGCGUCUGUGUCCUUUGUUAUUUAUUUCUGUAUACAAAGCCUCAACCAUUAGACACUGGCCUGAAACUUCAACACCUAGAGGCUUCGUCUACUCAAGAAGGGAGCUCAAAUAGGAAAAUCAAAGCCCCCAAUUCAAACGCAACAUCAAAUUCAGUAAAUGAAACCACCUAUGAAGCUGAUGAUAUAAUUCAAGAAAAAACAAUGGAUACAACACAAAUUAACACAGUAUAUUAAAAAUCUGGUGUUGUAAAAGCUCCCUGGAGAGAUGGAAAAACAAAAAUAAAGAUUGCAUUUCAAAUACAGUUCAUAAUAAUAAUUUUCAAAAUUUUGCCACUCACAAAGCAAAACAUAGCUGCAUUUUUGAUCAUUCAAUCCUUUUAUUAAACACACAGUAAAGUUUUGAUAGAUUUUCAUGUGCGUAAGUUUACUUUUAUUUGCUAAUUAAAAUGUUUGCAUAUUACACAAAAUUAUGCUAAUACUUCAGGCAAAAUUAAAGAAUUUAUCAAUAACACAGACAAGCAAACCUAUCUCACUGAGGUAUAAUGAAAAAUGUAUUUCACUUUACCAGAAUUUCACAUUUUUUUGUACUUAGAGGCAGUUAUUUUUAUAAGAAAUCAGAAAUCAGCAGCAAAAAGAAAGUAAAGGAACCCACAAAUACAUGGAGCUUAAACAACACACUACUAAAAGAUGACUGGGUCAAAGGAUACAUAAAAGGUGAGAUUGAAAUAUGUGUAAAGACAAAUGAGAAUAACAAUACAACAUGUCAAAACUUCUGGGAUACAGCAAAAGCAGUAACAAGAGGGAAGUUUAUAUCAUUAUAGGCCUAUCUCAAGAAAUAAGCAAAAAUCCCAAGCAAACAACCU